GACUUCAUUAUGGCGUGUUCCGAUAAGUACUAUAUUUAUCAUGGACUUUUGCUGCCAAGUAUUGCACACUCCAAUGAGAGCUUGAAAUAUAUGGAGAAGUUUCAAGUUCAAGAUAAUGACAUCUUUGCCAUCACGUAUCCCAAAUCCGGAACUACAUGGAUGCAAGAGAUUCUCCCCUUAAUUCUUAAUGGAGGGGAUCUUACCCCUGUGCAAACUAUCCCAAACUGGGACAGAGUUCCCUGGCUUGAAGAGACACGUGCAGCCUUAGUCAUGGACAAAAUCCCUGCACCUCGAACUAUGGUUUCCCACAUGCCUUACCAUCUAAUGCCUGCUUCCUUCUUCUCCUCAAAAGCAAAGGCCAUAUAUGUUACUCGAAAUCCCAAAGAUGUGGUGGUGUCAUCAUUUCAUUUCCAUCAAAUGGCGAGUUUCUUGGAUGAUCCUGGAACGUUUGAUGAGUUUGUUGACAAGUUUCUUGCUGGAAAUGUUAUGUUUGGGAAGUGGACAGAUCAUGUGAAGAGCUGGAGAAAUACUGAUAUGGGGGACAGAAUUAUGUACAUCACCUAUGAAGAAAUGGUGCAGGACCUACAGGGGGCUGUGCAGCGCAUGUCUCAGUUCCUUGGUCGAGAGCUGAGUGCAGAGGCACUGGAGCGUGUGGCUAAUCACUGCUGUUUCAAAAACAUGAAGACAAAUCCCAUGUCCAACUACUCCCUUGUGCCGCAAGACAUCAUGGAUAGCAAGAAAUCAUCCUUUCUGAGAAAAGGAACUACUGGGGACUGGGAGAAUCAUUUCAGCCCUGAGCUUGAAGCCAAAUUCACAUCUACUAUAAGAGAGGAUAUGAAGGGAACCAACAUUAAGCUUUAUUGGGAUGAGGAAUGAAAAGGAAUUCUAUAAACGAUGUCACAAAUGUUGAAUGUUAUGAAGAGAUUGAUGAAAACAAAUAUUUAAUUCAGCUGUGAACCUGGUGUCAAGUUGGAUAUGAAAUCUCCAACAUGACUCUGAAACACUAUUUUAGAUUUGUCCUUUGUCCUGAAACACCCCUUACAUUACUUAUGUUGAAUGCAUCCUACAUCAUCAUCAUCAUCAUCAUCAUCAUCAUUAUCAUCAUAGCUGUCAUCAUCGUUGACAUUGUCAUCAUCGUUGU